AUGGGUACAAAGGGAACCUCUAAGGAAGUCCAGAAGGACUUCGAAAAUUGGCUGGACGUGAUCCCGGACAACUCCGAGCCACUGAUUCGGGAGGUUGGCAACCGAGAACCGCUCACUUACAACCAGCUGCAUUCCUUCGCCAAGGACCAGGAGGUGUGGCUCAGCCGCUUCGGCAUCGGCCUCUCCGACCGGGUGUGCACGAUGAUUCCCAACGGCCCUGAGGCGGCGGUCUGCUUCCUGGUCUUCCCGCUGCGCUGCGUCUUUGCGCCGCUGAACCCGGCCUUCACCGCGCCGGAGAUCGAGUUCGAGUUUCAGGACUUGCCGUGCCACACCGUGGUGGUCAUGAAAGGUGAGGACAACUCCGCGACCCUUCAGGUGGCGGCCGCGCAGAAGGUGCAGGUGCUGGAGAUGGCGGCGAGUUCGACGACGGCGGGGCUCUUCACCUUAGCGCUGCACCCGCAGAGCCCGGUGAACUUGAGCGCGAGGCGGACCCCCAGCACCGAGACCCGCAGCGCGCGGAAGGAUGUGGCGCUGGUCUUGCACACCUCCGGGACGACGAAGAAGCCAAAGAUCGUACCGCUGACGCAUGAGAACUUGACUGUGGGCGCCUUGUGCAUCAAGUCGACCUUGCAGAGAAAGCCGGAGGACGUGUGUUUGAACCUGAUGCCUCUCUACCACAUCCACGGCCUCUCGGUGAACGUCCUGGCCACCGCUAUGUCCGGCGCGUCGGUGAUCUGCAGCCCGGGCUACCGGGGGCCCGACAAGCCCGCGGAGUGGCUGAGCUCCGGGGCGGCCAACUGGUACUCUGCGGUGCCCACCAUGCACCAGGGCAUCGUGGAGGCCGCCUUGUCCUCCGAUGACUUCAACGCGGAAACCGCCGGCGUGGGUCUGAUCCGGAACUGCUCGGCAGCGCUGGUGCCAGUUCUGGCCAACAAGAUGGAACAGCUCUUCCGGUGCGUGGUCAUGCCCACCUAUGCCAUGUCGGAAAGCAUGCCCAUCGCGUCCAACCCGCUUCCUCCGCACCUACGAGUGCUGAGGAGCGUGGGGCAGGCCGCGGGCCCGGGCAUGGCUUUGCGGCACGAGGGGAGCGACGCAACGGUGCAGCCAGGAGAAGAGGCAGAAGUCUGUGUACGGGGCGCCUGCGUUACCAAGGGUUACGAAAUGCGCGCCCACAUGGACCAGGACCCGAACAUCGAAGCCUUUACCCCAGAUGGCUGGCUUCGCACCGGAGACAAAGGCUACAUCGAUGAGAACAACUACCUGUGCCUCUCUGGGCGCUACAAAGAGAUCAUUAACCGGGGCGGUGAGAAGAUCUCGCCCUUCGAGGUGGAGAACGUGUGCCGCCAGUGGCCCGCGGUCUUCGACUGCAUCGCCUUUAGCUGUCCACACGUGCAGCUGGGUGAGACCGUCGGCCUGGCUGCAGUGCUCAGAGAGGGAGAGAAGAUAACGGGCACUCGCCUGGAAGAGCUUCGCAGCUUCGCCGCGGAGAAGAUGAGCGAGAAGUGGCUGCCGCAGACCAUCCUCUUCAUGAAGGACAUCCCCAAGGGCUCCACUGGGAAGCCGGCUCGCAUCGGCCUGGCCAAGCGAAUGAACCUGGAGCCCUUGGACAUCGACCAACCCAACCAGGUCACCGUGUGGGACGCCACCUCGGGACUGCCGGUGCCGGUGGAUGAGGCGGCAAAGAAAGCCACGGCCAAGAAGGCAGUGGACUCUUUGGGUCGGGUGCGGGAUGUGAACGACGCCAAAGACCAGGAGCUUGCACUCAUCGAGAGCAUGUACGGCUUUGCAAUCCCCUGGAUCUUGUUCUUCCACAUGUUUCUGUACACCUUCGACUACUCGUAUGGGGAUGCCGCGGGGGACUACACGGCGCCCUUCCGCAAAGAACAGGACCCGUGGAUGAUCGGCCUCCGGCUGGGCUACAGCAUGAAGCCUGUGACUUUGUUCCUGCUGUGCUAUGGAUACCUGGAGGCGCAAGACAGGAACUUCCAAUUCGGAGGUUUUGAGCGGGAGCUGGUGAUUGGUCUGUUGAUCAUCACCGUGAACGUGCUGUCCUCCCUCUUCAAAACCUUCCUCGAAUUCCUCGUGGGCCGCGCAACGCCACAGGAUCUGCCCAAGGACUCCAUCUUUGAGGCGUUUUAUCCGCAGAACCUUCUCUUCCACAAAGGCGGUUGGUUUUUGGAGUGCAUCUUCUUCGGCCGCAUCAUUUUGGUGCUGUGCCACAAGCUCCGCAUCCCGGGCUACCUGCAGAUCCUGGUGGCUCUCUGCGUGGCUGCAUGGCAGCCCCCGCGAAUGUUGGAGCCCCGGCAGAGCGUGAGCGCGCUGAGCCUGGCGUACGUGAUGCUGGCAGGAGGCGCCUACGUGGCACCCGUCUUUGUGCGGCGCUUCGGCACUAUGAAGCCCAGCCUCGCGCUGCGCACGGCCGCCGCGGGGUAUUUGGCGCUCUGCUGCUGUUCCCCCAAAGCCACCAGCUUCAGCGAUGCCUCCCGCAUGCCAUGCCUGGAGCAGACCUUGCUGCCGGUGACGGUGUGCUUGCCCUUCUCGAUGGCCCAGCAGGCGCUGUGGGUGGCAGCAGUGGCGGUGUUGCUGGCGCCGCAGGUGGGCUUUCUGCGGCAACUGGGGCGCUACGCCCUGGGCGCCUUCCUCUUUGGAGGCACCACAUGGAUGUUCCUGCGAGACUAUGGCGUGACGCUGGGGGGCGUCACUCUGCUGCCCAGCCUCGGCCAGGUGUCGCAAGCCUUCAAGGGCCAUCCAGGCGACGUCGGGCUGACUGUGGGCUACAUCCUCUUCCUGCUGGCGGUGAUUUACUGCACCUGCUUCUUCACGGGCCUCGUGUUCCACACCUUUGUGGGCAGCAUGGGCAAGAGCUGCGGAAAGGCCUUCCGCGUGCUACGCUCGCUCCUGGCGGAUGUCGAGAUGGGCGAUGGAUGGCGACUGUCACAAGUCAGCUUGCACACCGAUGUCUUCGUGAUUUCUGCAAUCAUCGGGGUCAGCAUCUACAACCUGACAGCCUCUGACGCCUCCUUGUUGUACCACGCCAGGGAGUCUAUCCUCGACUUGGCCACCUCCAAGGGCAACCUGAUCGCCGCGGAGCUGCGGAAGGCCUCCAGCUGCGUGCUGGCGCUGGACACCAUGGUGACCUUCGACGCCUGGGGCAAGACGCUGCAGCAGUUCGACUCCGUGGCAAAGGGGCUGAUGCAGAUGUGCCGCAGCGCCUCAGAGCUGCAGUUGGCCCCCUCCGGGAAGAUACUGUACCUCUACCCCAUGACGGAGGAGGCUCUGGGCCUCGAUAUGCUGCUGAACCCCCAAAGCGGCAGGGCCUCCUACAACUCCAUUCGCCAGCAGGAGACAAGGCUCGUCGGCCCCGUCGAGUUGGUGGAGGGCGGCUUUGGGCUCCUCGUGAUACGACCCAUAUUUUCCCCUGUAGCGCCGGAACGCUUGCCGGAUGCGUGGUAUGUCUUUGGCGGCGUGAACUACACAAGGAACUGCUCAGCACAAAGCACCGAGCUCUGCCAUUUUCCAGGUCCGGAGCUGGGCGGGCAGCCCAGCUUCUUCUGGGGCUUCGGGCUAUCGCUGAGCCGCCUUGAGGACAUCCUGCAGGUAGUGAACUUGAAGGGUCUGGAGAAUGGCGCGCACCGGGUCGCCGGCGUCUCCAGGUUCGCCUACGAGCUGUCCAGCGAGGUGAACGGCCAGCGCCUGACUUGGCAGCGGUCCAGCGACCCCGAGCCGCUCAUUCAGCCCGUGGAGGUGACUGUCGGCCUGGAGGAGUACGGCUUUGAGUAUCUCCUGAAAGUUGCUCCUAUGGGCGGAUGGCCUGUAGUGUCCGACGACUUCUGGCGCCAACUCCUGCUGGUGCUCCCGAUGACGGCGCUGCUGGGCGUGGGCCUCGGGGUCAACGUGAUCAUCACGCUGCAGCGGCGAGCCAAGAGGGUGAAGGAGAUGAAGAAGCUGACGGAGGAGAAGAUUUCAAGGACCAUCCUGGACUCAGUUUCCAACUUGAACUCCCUCCAGUUCCCCAUGUGCCUCAUCAGCUGCGAGGACUUUUUGUCCUGCGGACGCCUUCAGAGCCACGAGGCCGCCCGCAGCUUGGGGCGCCUCUUCGUCAUCGACCGCCCCGAACUCUCCGCCAAGCUCUGCCGGGAGGAGGGAGUGGUUUUUAUGAGCCAUCAAUGGGCCGGCUUUACCGACCCGGACGACGCGCACGGAUCGCAGUAUGUAGCAAUGAAGGUAGCUGUCGAGUGCUUGAAGUCAGAGGGGCGCCGCUGCGGUUGGGUCUGGGUCGACUAUACCUCGAUCCCGCAAGAGAACACCUUCCAGCAGCAGGCAGCCAUCAACUCUCUACCGGUAUAUGCUACCUAUUGCUCGAUAUUCAUAUCUGUGGUUCCCAAGUGCACGCACGGGGACACGGGGGACACCUUGGAUUUUGACUCCUACAGGUCACGCGCAUGGUGUCGAUUGGAGAAGCUGAGCUAUGAAACCUGCUGCUGGAAUGCGCAACGAGAGUUCUACGUGUGCGACGGCCAGCGCUUGAGCACCGAGAAGGGAUCCGGGGAGGACUGGUUCCUCCACGUCUUGGGCGGCACCUUCAGCUGUUGCGCUCGGAGCCAUCCCGGCCGAAUGAAGUGCGACAAGCAGAAGAUUGUCGGCGUCAUGCUGGCGGUAUAUUGGCGCUUGUUGUCUAUGCAGAGGGAUGUCCCGGAGUUCGCUGCGCGCGCCGGGAAGUUGCUGAGCCUGAUCUCGGGCAACACGGAGAAGUACUUCCCCGGCCGGCAGCUGUAUACCAGUGAUGAGAGGUGCACCUGGCUGCCCCUCUUCGAGGGCUCCGUGCCAGUGCUCUGCGAGAUGUUCGAGGAGGACUCGAUGCGCGAAAGCGCGCAGCGCCUCAAAGUGCCAGGAGUGAACGACCCCGCGGAGCUGGUGUCGAGCCAUUACGGUUCCGGACACUCUCUGACCGAAGCCUUCGACCCCACCACCUUCUCAAUGUGA